AUGCGCGCAGCGUGGGAAGUCGGUUUCGUUGCUGGGGAUCUGGCACAGGAGGCGGGGCGGCGGCGGCGGCGGCCGAAGUUGUGGUGCUGGGCUCUGCCUUCCUCCCUGGGCGGCUGCGCGCGGGGUGAAUUGGGAGGGCUGUGUCUCGCUGCCUGUCUCCGGCCCGCGUCUGUUAUUCUGAGGGGCCUCAAGUGAAGAAGCGGUGCUGCCGGGCGCGCGCUUCCUCCUCCUCCCUCUCCCGAUUUAGGCUGAGCCCCGUCCGGUGCUGCUUUCAGUAGGAACGCGAAGGUGAGACGCCCUUUUUCUGACUUAGCCCUGAAGCCGCUCAACAGGUCUCCGAGAGAGAGAGGCGGGCGGGGGGAGGCGCGUUGGAAGUUGGCCCCCAAAGUUAGUCGCCCAGCCCUUCUCCCGUGUGUGCGUUUGGGCUCUUGUGGGAGCCGAGACCCCUUUCCUGAGCGUCUGGUUGCGGGGAGUGUGCCGGGGAGAAGGUGGCGCUGCUCCUCUUACAUGUUGUCUUCCUCAGCCUCUUCCUCCUUCCCCCUCCCCUGUGUGUGUGUGUGAACUUUUGUCUCCGUGUCUGGCUGGUUACUUCUCGAGACCUUCCCCCCCCCCCCCGCCUUUCCUCCGUGCUUUCUCUUCCUGCCUGUUUAUAUCUCCUGUCUCUCUCUGUGUACGUGCCUGAGUAGAAACUGAAGAGGCAGUCUUGUUUGUUGACAUUUAUUCUCUUCCCCCCUCCCCCUUUUACGCUCUUUUGCGUUAAUCCUCAGGUAUUUGCAGUUUGUGUGUAACCCGCGUCUUGGGCUGCUUCCUCAAAGGACCCCUUUUGCCAUCCCUGUCUCUUGGGUUUCCUUUAGGUGCAGCUAUUUCCAUUGUUGGCUCACACACGUUCUAUUUCAGUGUGUCCUGUGCUUAAUCCGGCCCCCUUUUCGCAACCUGCUGGAAGUCCCAUGUUUGGGGAGUUGGCCUUGUAAAGCCAUUAGUCUCUGCCGGCAUGGAGGGCGUUUGCAGGAAGGAUUACCUUGUGUACCGGCAACACGCUAUCUAUUCCGAAUUACGUGCUGGGUGGGUUAAUGUUGCGAUACCAUUUGGAACCUCUGAUCGGGAAAGUGGGGUUUUUGAAGUAUUUUGUAGAUAAAGCUGCCUUUUCUCUGUGAAUGUAUCUCGGGACUGUAAUAAGUAUUAAAACACCAAGCUCUGAGUCUGCACCCCACCCAUCACAAUUUCUUUGUUUUGGUCAAUCUUGAAAGAAAGUUGGAACUGUAUAUAGGACAUAUAGCAAUGUAUAUUAGCAUAUUGCCCAGCAAGAGUAGAAAAGAGAUGUUUUUGCUUUUGCUGAACAGUAAGUGAUAUAUUUUGUGUUUUUUCAGCCAAUAUUUCAGAAAACUUUUGUAGGAUUUUAGAAAAGGGGAAAAAUAAAUAUCUGAAAUAUGCCAUCUCUGUGGUGCUGUAUUGAUUGCCCCAGUUGGGAUGACAACAUAUGUUGACAAUUCAAUUUGAAAAUGCUAAGUUGAAUUAAGUAGUUGAACCUUAGUAUAAAAGGAACACGGAAAGAGUUCCACAAAUUUUGGAGCCGGUGAGCUUCAGAUUUCUCACUUCCUGUUCUACAGAGGAAGUUGUAUUCUCAAAUGUAAAUGCAGGUGAGGAUUAUAUGAGAUCACUUUCUUUUUAAUUAAAAAUAAAAAACCACUUAAAGGCUAUAGUAUAUUCUUAAAUAAUAUGCAGUGUCUGGUUAUCAAAUGCAAAAUAAAUAAUCUUGUUCAAAUACUGUAGUUUGAACUGAAGAAAGCAACAGUAGUGUUGCCCCUAGAAACAUUUUCUGCAGUAAACACUGUUAAAAAAGGCUUGCUAGUCAACGUGUUUGUUUGUAUUUAAAAAGAUUGCAAACCAUUUGUUGAAUUUAUUUCCUGCCCUUCAUCAUAAAUGAUCUGAGUGGGUAACAAUGUAAACAACAAUAAAGCAUAAAAAUCCAGUUAAGCAUAAAUAAUACUGUAAUCACUUGCACUUAAACAAGAACACUGAUAACUGUUUCACUAUGCAGGCUGUAGAUGUACAUACUCGGAAGGCUUGUGGAAGAGAAAGGUUUUCAACAGGCACUGAUCACUUAAGAGUUCUUAUUUGAAGCAGGUGACCUGAAAACAUGAUUCUAUCAUUGCUAACAUAUUGCUCGGCUAAUGUCACUUAAAGUUACGGGGCAGAGUUCAGCCACAAGCCAACCAAAGGGGAACAGCAGUAGCUUAAUGUUAGGGCAUGUGUGUUCCAUGUAAAGGUCCUAGAUUUAGCCGCUGGUGCCUCCAAAUAGGGCUGAAACUCUGAUGAGUUGUUGCCAGCAAGAUAGACCAAUAGACUAGCACAAUAUAAGGCUAUUUCCUAUAUUCCGCUGGUCAAAGUUAAGCACUUCUAAGUUGCAUUGUUUGCAGUGGGACAGACAUCAGCACAUAAAUCUAAUUGAUGUCAGUGACUUAAAAUGCUUAAUAGGUCAUAUACAUACAUGGUUUGUGUUGUAUUAGAGUGGUGGUUUUAUUGGUGUGUUAUUUAUAUUGUAUUUUUAAUGUUUAUUCGCCUUAAGUAGCAAUGAGUGGAAAGGCAGCUGUUCAAUAUUAAAGAUACAUAAAUGCAAAAUAGUUGUUUUGCUUAUGUCUUUCUGAAUUGCUGUUAGACUUCUCUAGGCUGGGUAAUAGGAUGGUGUAGGUGUGGUUAGCUUGCUUUUAAUGGUAAAUAAAGAUUGUUCAUGCUCAAAAUAUAAGACCUAUGGUAGGAAUCAACCUUGGAAGAAACUGUUAAUUCUGGGGGGAAAUAAGUGGUUUUCCUUUUAAUCUUUUUCCAUAGUGGUGAGAUAACUUUUUGAGGCUAGAAGAUGAAUUCUAAAUUUGGUUUCUUGGUUAGCAACAGUAGAAUUAAGUGAGACCUUUAGAGUUAAUGAGCUAAGACGUGAUCAGCUAGGCUUUUUUCUCCUGCUGGGUGGUCGAUAAGUCAUUCUUGAGCUAGUAGUAUUAAGGAUCUGCUUUGGCCAUUGAAUCAACCUAUUCUAUCCUGUCAUUUAAAGCUUAAAAGGGCACCAGCUAGCAACAAGUCAAUCUGGUUCAAAUUUCUAGUAUGCUCCAUCCUGUGGGCCCAGUGUGUUACAAUAUUUAUAAAAGAUUAAAAUUAAAACCUACCUAUCUUCUGGCUUAGCCCUAGCCAGCCAAAGUGGGCCCAAACAGAAACUUGGCAUCAUUUUUUGUUUAUUUUCAAUUAACCUUUGAUUGUGUCACAAUUUAAUUUUUAUAUUCUUAUUCUAUUUAUAUUCCUUUCAGUGGUUGUAGGUAUAGAUUAUCACUAAUAUGGCAUAUUUGUAUUGCCUGUACCUCAGAAUGUGCUUUCUUUAUGCAAAUAUUUGGGGAAGGUGUACUUCAUUGUGUGACUAUCUAAACAGGAGGUGGGCAUUGGCUAAAGGGAUUUUUAUUAAGGUGUGUAAUUAAUCUAUUACCAUUGUCUCAAAAAUUCAUACUAUAGAAGUAUGAAUUUAAGCUUCCCUUUAAGACUUUAAAGGCAACAAGAAGAAAGGCAGAAUUGUCUUCAAUAUUUUUUUCAUCAAAGUUCACAACAAAUUGAAUCUACAGGUCAGCCCUGGAUGUAAAAUAGUUCAAAAAAUGUUUGAAAUGAAAAACAAGUCUUGGAUAAUUAAAGAAGCACAGAUCAUAUAGGAAAUAAACUUCAUCAUGAAUUUAAGAGUUGGAGCCUUGCAAACAUAAUGGUAUGCUUAGAAACCAAUUCAUGUAGAUGUGCUAUAACAGUUUUAAAUAAAUUAAUGUGAACUUAAUACCACUUGCUAGUUAUUACAAAUACAAAAUCUGUUUCUGAUUGUUUUUACUGUGAAUCAUUGCCUGAAUAUGCUUAAAUUUCUGGAUUAGACCAAUUUUAUAGUGACUAUUAAGUAUCUUACCUGGGUGAAACUUCAGAGAGGUAAGCAGAUGCUUUUGAAAUAUGUGGCUUUCCUUUUGAUUGCUGAACUUUGUAAACACUAAGAACACACUCCAGCUGAAACUAAGUACUUUGUCCCAUUAAUUUGAACAGGAGAAUUAAAUGUGUGCUUAAAUCUCUCCCACUAAAAUCAGUGAGACUUAAAAGUACUUACCGUAUUUUUUGCACCAUAACACUCACUUUUUUCCUCCUAGAAAGUAAGGGGAAAUGUCUGUGCGUGUUAUGGAGCGAAUGCCUGCAGGUGGCGGGGGGAAUCUGCUGCAGUCGUGAGCAGAGGAUCCAUGGUUCCCGUUCCUUCCCUCCUCCGUGGUUACAAAGCAUGGAUCCACAUGGAUCCUCAGGAUUUUUGCAUUGGGCUACUCCAAACUCACUGUCAGAUCACAUGUCUGUGGCCACAGCAUGAACCACAAAAAUCAUAUAUCCACUAUUUCAUUUAGAAUAUUUUUUUUCUAGUUUUCCUCCUCUAAAAACUACGUGCGUGUUAUGGUCUGGUGCGUGUUAUAGAGCGAAAAAUACGGUAACUUUGCUUGGAUUGCACACAAGUGAGUUUAAGCUGAGCCACUUAUUCCAUGUUUUAACACCAUUAUUACUUUUUUGUAUGUAUCCAUUCCACAGACAACAGUGUAAUACUGAUAGCAAUAGCAGUUAUAGUCUGAAAUGAAUCUACAAGACAUGGUGAAAUAGUGAUGGAUUAAUUCCUCAGUUUGAUUUGGAAUUGAAAACUGGCAAUAUCACUAUAAUAAAUAUAAGCACUUAUAAGCAAAAAAGGGCUUCUAAUACGUCAGUAAAACUAUCUGAUUAUAGAAUGAGAUGUAAGGAGCUGGAACAGAGCAUCGGUUCAGUCUGAAGCAUUCUGCUGUGCCAAGGAAAAUAUUCCAAACUUGAAGAGGAACAAUCACUUACUUUGCUCAUUAAAGCCAUUGUGAUGGUUCAUUUAGUACACAAGAUGCAAUUAGAUCUAACAGUUUUAUCCAGUGUUCAUACCCACCAGCAUUUAUUUGUCAAUGGAAGUCAUUCUCAUCCAGUAAAACACAUGUGAUGAGAUACAACUUUAUUGCUGUAAAGGUAAAGGGACUCCUGACCAUUAGGUCCAGUCGUGACCGACUCUGGGGUUGCGGCGCUCAUCUCCCUUUAUUGGCUGAGGGAGCAGGCGUACAGCUUCUGGGUCAUGUGGCCAGCAUGACUAAGCCUUUCUGGCAAACCGGAGCAGCACACAGAAAUGCCGUUUACCUUCCCGCCAGAGCGGUACCUAUUUAUCUACUUGCACGUUGACGUGCUUUCGAACUGCUAGGUUGGCAGGAGCAGGGACCGAGCAACGGGAGCUCACCCCGUCGUGGGGAUUCGAACCGCCGACCUUCUGAUCGGCAAGUCCUAGGCUCUGUGGUUUAACCCACAGCGCCACCCGUGUCCCUUUAUUGCUGUAGCGGACAGCAAUUCCAUGUGUCUUGGUCAAGGCGAAACUUAACCAUCUUCUCUCAGUGUCCUGCUAACUGUUUCUUAGGCAUGUAUAUCUCUGUUGUAUAUACUGCAGUAGUUCAGUCUCAACCACCUGGUUGAAAUACGAGUGUGAUUCUGAACCUGGUGCAUGCUCAGUGUGUUGGAUGUCCCUGACUGAUAGCUGCUGCAUUUGAAGCAUCUGUUACUACCUGUGUCUGCUUGAUCACCUCCCCUUUUUAGGUUUGCUGUAUUGCUAGUGAAUGCAUUAUCAAAAUUCAAAGAAAGGGGCAACUUGCAGAUCUUGUUGCUGUCUUGCCACCAACUCUAAGCACCAAAACAGCAAUGGCAAUGCAUUUAGUAGCGAGACAGCAAGCGCACCGAGAGCAGAUAGAUGGUGACCUCUCACCAAAAGAUUAAUAUUUUAUGGUUCCAAAUCUGUCAUCUGGCAACUUAACACUGACCAGGGAAUACUUGCAUCACAAAAUUCAAAGAAAGGGGCAACUUACAGAUCUUGCUGCUGCCUUACCACCAACUCUAAGCACCCAUUCCCAGUUACCAGUUGAAGUAAAUUAGUAAAGGUAAAAGGUAAAGGACCCCUGGACGGUUAAGUCCAGUCAAAGACGACUAUGGGGUGCAGCACUGAUCUCAGGCUGAGGGAGCCAGUGUUUCUCCACAGACAGCUUUCUGGGUCAUGUAGCCAACAUGACUAAACCACUACUGGCACACGGAGGACUCUGACAAGUGCAGUGCAGUUGUCCAGCAGCCUCAGCAGAAACAAUGAAAAGUAAAAACAAUAAUUUUAAUAAUUUUAUUAUUUAUACCCUGCCCAUCUGGCUGGAUAUCCCCAGCCACUCUGGGCAGUUUGCAGCAUAUAAAAACAUAGUAAAAAAUGAAGCAUUAAAAACUUGCUGAAAUGUUAGCUUUCGGGUCCAAUUUGAAGUGCUUACCUUUGAAGCCCUGUGUGGACUGGAAUCAAUAGAGAUUACCCCUCCAUUUAUGAAUCUCCACAUCCUCUGAUAAGACCUUCUUCAUUUAACACCAAUACAUUAGAUGAAGUUCUCAACAACUAGGAACAGAACCUUUCUUACUAGUUCCUCCCUUAUUGGAGAAGCUGUAAGAUCCAUUUUUCCCCUCUUAUUUUGUUAUAUAAUGGAGGGCUGGUCUUUAGUAGUAAUGUUUGCUACUGACAACUGAAUUUCUUGAUUAUUUAUAAAACAUAUUGUUGGAGCCACAUUGAACCUUAAAUCUGGAACACAAAUAUUUAAAAUAAAUCUUGCUGGUCAAACUCUGUACUUAACUGACUGGUGUCAGGCUGGUUAAACAUUUUGUAGGGAAGUAAACUUGCAUGUACAUUAUUUGCUAGUUUAAGUUAUUGCCUAUCAGUGUAAUUAGUUGUUGAUGUAUGUGACUACUUAACUGGACUCUGGUGUAUUGACUUGUUAAAGCUUAUCUUGUGAAUUUCUUACCAUGCUGUGGUUCUUCAGUUAGCUGAGCACUCACAAGGCAGGCAAACCUUGUUGCCUCACACCCUCUACCCUGUGGCAGGAGGCAUCCCAUCAGUUUUUAGCAGAUAUUCAUGACAAGCCCAACUUUUGGGGACCUGAGGUGUAGUGAAGAAUUUGCAGGAAGCCUACAAAUACUGUAAUUCAAAUUUGGAAGGGAACUGCAAUUCCAAUUUGGAAUGAAGGGUUAUGAGCAUGACUCUAACACAGAUUCUGAAUCCAAUCAACAUUUUGAAAUGUAUUUUAUAAAGCCCCACAUUGCACCGUCAAUCAAUUUGCAGUUUGGAUCCCUCUGCAUUUCUGAACGUGCAGGUAACAGCAGUUAACAGGAGUGCCUUUUAUCAAUUUUAACUGGAAUUCCAGCUGUUUGCAUUCCUAAAGUUAGAUCUGGACAUGGUCAUUCAUUCCCAGGCCGGUUCCUGUUCGUUUGGAUAUACUGCACCUCGUGAGACAGACUUCAAACUACAUUUGAUCCAGAAUGCUGUGCCAGGCUUGUUGUCUGGGGCUAGUAGGACUGAUAAUGCAAUGCCAGUUAUGUACCAACAUCUCUGGACAUCACUUUUGCCAACCUCAAUUCAAAAUGCCCACUUUGGUCUUCAGAAACGUAAGCUGCCUGUGUUGGGCUGAGGUUCAGAGGAAUUAUUCUCCUCCAGCCUGAACCUGCUGAAGAACUUGGCUCUGCUUUCUAAGUCCUUGUGGUUUUCCACUGAUGGUUUGUUUAUUUGGGGAUGAAGAGACAGGACUUUUUAUUGCAAUGUCCAAAUUAUGAAAGCGUCUUCCUAGGCAGGUUUCUGGCUCCUUCACUGCCUGCUUUUAAAGUGCACAUUUAAGCCAGUUUUAUUUCAGUGGGCAUAUUUUAAUUAGGUCCUUUUAAGAUUUAUGUUGCUGAUAUUUUGCUAUUUGCUACACCCUUUAUUGGAUUUCAGUUUAAUUUGAUUUUAAAUUGUAUUGGCUGCUUUGAAUUUAUAUUGCACAGAAUAGGGUGUCAUUUUUAACAAAUGUAUUUCAUAUUCAUGGGCAAAGAAAGCAUUCUACAAUGGAACAUAGGGGCAGGGAUGAGCAGAAUUCAUGCUUUCAGGAACUACAGUGGUACCUCUGGUUACAAACUUAAUUUGUUCCGGAGGUCCGUUCUUAACAUGAAGCACCACUUUAGCUAAUGGGGCCUCCCGCUGCUGGCGCACCACCGCCGCGUGAUUUCUAUUCUCAUCCUGAAGCAAAGUUCUUAACCCGAGGUACUAUUUCUGGGUUAGCGGAGUCUGUAACCUGAAGCAUCCGUAACCUGAAGCGUAUGUAACCCUAGGUACCAGAGUACUUUGACUGUAGACACCUGGAGCAGUAUCCAACUAAUGGGUCCUCUCUGUGCAAGGACUCUCAUGUGCAACAGAACUCCCCCCCCCCCCCCGUUUUCCUACUGCACCUUCCUCAAAUCUGCUCCAGAGUGUGUGGGGAACCCCUAGAACACAUGGGGCACACAGGGGAAGGAGAAAGGGAAGUUUUGCUGCACAAGUGGAAAUCCUUGUGCUAACAGGCCAUCUUUCUUAGCACUACUUUGAAUACAACUCAAGUUGGCUACAAAACAUUUAGAAAUUUACCAAUAGGUCCUGCUUUAUCAGAUGUAUUCUGUGGGAGGCUCAUGUGUCUGCUUGCUACAUUGGAUCUGAAGGAUAAUAUUUUAGCUUGACACAGUCCUUCUGUUAUAUGUAUUGGGUGCAACCAAUUCAAUCUCUGUGUUGCCCUGAGGGUUUUCUCAAAAUGCAAGCUACAUCUUUAGUGGCAGAUCAUGCAUUUUUUUUCAGCCUGCAUGAUUGGUUCUUCAUAUGAGUUAAAGAGGGGACUUGCAAUUGUCAAUCAAACUGUACACUGCUUUGAAGCUGGGUCUUUCCACAUACUGGAAACAGUGUCACACUGGAGUGAACAAGAAAGAUCCUGUACCUCAGCCUUCCAUCAUCUUCCAUCAUCCCUCAUCAUUAGCCAUGCUGACUUGGACUGAUGGGAAUUAGAACCCUCCAGGUUGGGGAAAACAGCAAUGCAUUGCUAUAUGUUGCUUUCCAAUUCAAUCAAAGCAUUCAUGCCACAAGUAAACGCUGUUCUCAUGCAGGAUACCCUCUAAACCUGUGCAGCAAUUAACUACAGUCAGUUUGUGCUAUGGGAUGUCAUGGCUUCUAUCUCACAUCCAGUGCCACAUGAGGCUCCCUGUGUGGCUUCUCAAGUUGUGGCUUAUACAGGCACCCAAAGCAAGCUCCUUGGGAACAUUGUGGCUGGUUUUGUUGUUCACAUGAUAGCAACUUGGAUGACCAUCUGUCAGGGGUGCUUUAGUUGAGAUUCCUACAUUACAGGACCAGAGGUUGGACUAGAUGACCUUUGGGAUCCCUUCAAGCUCUACGAUUUUUAGUUAGACUUGGUGCAGUGGACAUACUUUUCCAGUUAAUAUAUCAUAGGUCUUGUUACGUCUUACUGGACUGAGGAGCCUAAUGUAAGAACACUGCAUGUAGGGUCUCUAGGAUCUUAUUUAUUAGGGUAAAUUCUAAGACAUGAGGAUUCAACAGCAGACAUUCACUUAUUUUAUGCUAUCUAAAUUUAAAGAAAAAGUUAUGAAGAACUAUUAACAGGCUAAAACUAGUACACCCCAUGAGGUGUGCAUUAUAUGUUCCACUAAUCUACUUCAACAAAAUUUUAACUUUCACUUAGGUCACAUGUGAAUUCUAAGCUUGAUUUUGGGUUGGGGGGUUGUGUGUGUGUGAAAGAGAGAAAGGGGGACGGGUGAGGGAGAGAGAUGUUUUAUAGGAAUACUGUAAAAGAGAGAAAUGUUUCCUGGGGAUACUUCAUAAAAUUAAUUAAAACUUUGGUGCUGAUCAGUUUGACUGGUAUUAUAUCUAUUCAUUAUACUACUGAUAUCAUUAAACAAUGAAUUUUUAGAAAAAAUAUAACAGAAAAUGUUAGGUGUAAUUUUCAUUACAGAAAAGUUUCCAAUGCUGAAAAUAUGUCAUUUGAGUAUGUUGCAGUUGCCAUUAGACCAAGAAAACCUCACCCUUUUCAAGUUCCCGAGUAGGGCAAGGACUCAUUCUGAUGUUGUGCUAGGCCCAUGGGAAUGAGUUUCCUUCCUUCUGCUCAACUCAGAGCUAGUGAGCAGUUUGUCUUUGCCAUGCUGGCCUCAGAAGGACUUGUUCCCUCUUGGGCCAGAUCUUCUCUUUGAUGUUACAUUGAACUUUAGAGUUGCCUAGUACUCCUUCCAGUUCAUUGUGGGAACAAGGCCUGCCUUUCCUUCCCAGCUCUGAACUGGGUAAUGCAAGUGGGGCCUCAUCCUUUCAGCCAUGCUGGACUGCAGAGUUCAAGCAUAACUUCAAAGACAUCUAUCCCUUCUCCGCUUGGGAGUGUCAAGUCUUUGGUGAGUUCAGGUUUUGGCUGACCUUGCUGAAAUCCUUAACUGAUAGGUUCAUAUACCUUUUCGUAGUUAAGGUAAUACAUAUAUGAUUCUGGAAAGAUCACAAAGAGAAACACAGAACUGCUUAUUUUUCUGAAGUCAGGUAGACUUCACUGAAUCUCCUACUGCUUAACAAAUGCCUCUAAUUGCCUUUACUGGCUAUGCUAAGACAUAAAACUCCCACUGAACUAAACGAUAGACUUAAAAAGUAAGAAAAGGCUGUGUUUUUCUUUCUCAGUUUAACCUUCUCUUCAGCUGAUAAUGCAGCAUUCCUAAAACCACACUUAGAAGUCUUAUCUUAAUUCCAGCCAAAUGGUAAACAUAAAUGACAUAGCUAUGUAUCAUUCUGGUAGGUAAGUCAAAACUGGCUUCCCAUGUGCAGUUGAAGCAACGAUGGCACUGGAAACUCCCAUAUUAUAAAGAGAAUUCUGCUUCAUCUAGUGCACUGAAAAAUGUGGUAUGUCAUGAGAGAAAUAGUUGUCUCUGAAGCUUGCAAAAUCUGAUGUCAUUGCGCUCUCAAAGUUCCAGUAAGUGUAAAAUGAAUGGAAUGAAACUAAAGUGAUGACUAACAAUAACCACUCCUGCCUGAAACGGGAGUAGCCGAAUCCUACUGUUCCUAGCUGACAUCAUCAACUGAUUGAUGGUCUCUUUCUUGUAAAACCCUAAAAUAUUCAGGAAUGUCCCAGGUUAUAAAUUGCUUUAUGAUCCUCUUAACAAUUGUAUUAGUCUCUUGAGUUGAGAAGUGGUUCAUAAUUCCUAUUUUAUUUAUCCUAAGAAUAGUCCUGUGAAUUAUUAUUUUUAUAAUACUUUAUUAAUUUUCCAUUUUAUUUAUUUAAAUAUAAUCUUAUUUUUUAACACUAUUAUUUGCUCAUAUGAGCUAAUCAACUUCCCUCCCUCCCGCCUCAUGGUUACCAUAAUUCCUUUCUAUGUCAUAGCAUUUGUUUACAUUUCAUCCAUUUCUAUUGCCCCAUUUAAAAAUAUUUGUGUAAAAAGGUAUAAAUCGGAAAUUUUACAAGUCUUCUUAAGUCAGUCCUGCUAGUGUUGUUAAUUGGUUGCAGUUGCCCUUCAAAUAUUGUAUAAAUUUUCCCCAGUCUUUUUGGAAAGUUUGAUCACAUUGGUUUCGGAUUUUCCUGGUCAGCUUCGCCAGCUCUGCGUAUUCCAUCAUCUUCGUCUACCACUCUUCAAUCGGUAAUUCCUGUUGCUUCCAUUUUGGGGCUAGCAAAGUCCUUGCUGCCGUUGUUGCAUAUCUAAACAGUUUUUGGUCUUUCUUUGGAAUUUGUUCAGCUACUAUACCCAAUAAGAAUGCUUCUGGUUUUUUGACAAAUGUACUUUUGUACAUUUUCUUUAACUCAUUAUUUUUCAUUUCAUUUCCACCACAUAUGAUAGAAAUUCCCUUCCUUUUCUUUACAUUUCCAACAUUUCUUCUCUUUCGUCUUAUAUAUUUUAGCAAGUUUAGUUGGUGUUAAAUGCCACCUAUACAUCAUUUUCAUAAUAUUUUCUUUUAAUGCGCUACAGGCAGUAAAUUUUAUUCCUUCAUUCCAUAACCUUUCCCAUGCCUCUAACAAAUAGUCCUGUGAAUUAAGCCAUUACUUCCAUUUUACAGAUUACAAACUGAGGAGGCUGUGGUCUCAAGGUCCAUCAGGUGCUCCAAUGGCUCAGAUUUAAUGCACUUCUGGGCUGUGAUAGCCAUGAGGCAUUUGAGAAUUAUAUAGGAAAAUCUUACAUAUGAUUGUAGUCUCAGUGUAUAAUUUAACCUUCAACGGGGUGGGGAACCUUUAUAAAAUAAAAUGCCUUAAACCUGGCCCAGCAGCAUAUAGUUGCCCCAACGCCCAUGCAGUUGUUUCAACAAAAUUGUCACAAUCUGGCUGCUGCAUUUUACACUAACUGCAACUUGUAGUCAAGAGUUGACACACACAAGAGUGCAUUGCAAUAAUCUAGUCUUGAGGUUGCACUGCAUAUAUCACUGUAGCCAUUUGUGGCAUAUUGGCCAAAGCUAGUAGAAAGCACUCCUAGCCACUGAAGACACUUGGCCUCCAGCAUCAGCAAUCGAGAAGUACUCUUAGCCUAAAAGCCUGCUUCUUCAGAUGUAGUUCAACUCCAUCCUGUGAACAUGCAGUUGAUCAGACCUAGGAACUAUUCACACAUAGGACUUCAAUCUUACCGGGAGUGAGGGUUCUUUUAAUUCACCACUCCAACCCACCUCUUAAAUCCAGGUACUGGCCAAGGACUUGUGCAGUAAUACCUGAUUCAGAUGUUAGAGAAAUAGAGAUGUGUGUCAUCAGCAUACUGAUGACUCUGUGUCUGUGACCCAAAUCACCUAAUAACUGCACCCAGCUGCUUCAUAUAGAAGUUAAAUAGCAUUUGGGGAAGGGGCACUGCAGCAUCCUACAACACAAUUGCAAAGGAGCUGAAAGGCAGUCAUCCAAUGCUUUGUUGUUGUUUAGUCGUUUAGUCAUGUCUGACUCUUCAUGACCCCAUGGACCAGAGCACGCCAGGCACUUCUGUCUUCCACUGCCUCCCACAGUUUGGUCAUACUCAUGCUGGUAGCUUCGAGAACACUAUCCAACCAUCUUGUCCUCUGUCGUCCCCUUCUCUUUGUGCCCUCCAUCUUUCCCAACAUCAGGGUCUUUUCCAGGGAGUCUUCUCUUCUCAUGAGGUGGCCAAAGUAUUGGAGCCUCAGCUUCACGAUCUGUCCUUCCAGUGAGCACUCAGAGCUGAUUUCCUUAAGAAUGGAUAGGUUUGAUCUUCUUGCAGUCCAUGGGACUCUCCAAUGCUUACUGUCUGGAAAUGAUCAUAGAAGUAGUGGAACCUCCUAUACUGUGUCCCCAACUUGCAGAGGUAAUCCAGGAGGAUUCCAUGGUUCAUGCUAUUGAAAGCUGCAGCAGAAGUCAAGCAAGAAUAACAGAGUAGCACUCACUCAUUCUCCCCCCCCCCCAAAGACAGUGGUUCUUAAAGGAUGUGGUACACCACACAGGUGUGGCAGGAGAGGAUAGCAAGUGUGGUAGGAAUAUUCAAGGACAAUCAAUGAAACUUUUAAACAUUUCAGUACAGUAUAGUUAGUAUUUUUUUUAAAAAAAAAAAAUUUAAAAAAUCCAUGAUCAGAAACAGUAUCCAUGCCUCUCUUCAAGAGCAUGUGCUAUUAUUCUACAGUUCUCCACGACAUAUUGUGAAUAGGGAUUUUCAACUCUGACAAUUAUGAAAGAUCAGAAAAGAGAAAGGCUUCUUUGUGGUGCUGAGGAGAUGAGAGUGUUUAUCUCACAUUAGACCUAAUAUAAAUGAGAUUACCCAGUAAAAGCAAGCUCCCACCUCUCACUGAGUUUGUAUAAUACUUAAGGUACAUAUGUGAGAGGCUUGUUUAUAAUUAUAUUUUGAGAAUGAUUCAUAUUCUUAUGUAGCUCCGUUCUUUUAUACUUUCUCAUGGUCAUAUUAUAAAGUAGUUGUGUUCUAUGUGUUUUAGCGCUGCUAGGAGUUGUUUCUAUUUGUUUUCCAAUGUAUUUCUUAUCAAUAAAAAAUUAUGUGUGGCACAAGCAAAUUUUUAUUCUGAAGGGGGGUUCCAGAGAAGCAAAUUGCCAGGAGCUAAGGAGCAGUUAACCAUGAUGUUGAACUGUUUUGGAAGAAGGUUUGGAUCUGAGGUGUCUCUUGCAUUUGUUCAUAGAGAAGUUGUCAAUUCUCCCCCAUCCCUGGUGUCCCAUACUGUAACCACUCUUAGUAGCCCUUGAUCAUCAAGUGGUUUUUUGGAGGACAUGAAAGGCUGUACCAAGAAAUGGGGUAUGAAAAGCCACUGUGUUCAUGAAUCACUGUGUGUUGUUCUUUGGAACAGUGUUUAAAAUUCGCCAUGUGCAUUUUGUACAUGGCUAUCGGCACUUGCAACCGAGUGAAGAUGCCUAGGUUCCAGGAUGGUGCCUGACGUCUCCACCCUCUGGAGGUGCAUGCCUGGGGAUGCUUGGAUCUUGACUGUUUUCACACACUAGCAACACAUCCUGUAGAAUAGUAUUCAUUACAUUUUAUCUGCACAGUCAGAAUGAAUGUCAGGAACCAAAAAGUCAUAUUGAAAAAUACCACUUUUGAACCGACUGGCCCCAAAAUGACAACUAGGCAUUCCAUUUUGGCAACUGUAACUCUGGUUUGGCACCUAGCUUAUAUAACUUAGUUUCUAACGCUGCUUUGGAGCCAAUCAAAAUGGGUUUCACAAUAUUUAUAAGUGAGACCUAUAACACUUAGUUGCAUUUUCUAAGAGGUGGCAUUGAAAUUGUCAUUUUACUUGUGCCAGGAAACUGAUGUCUGAUCCUCCAGGUUGUAUUAUUGAUUGGUUGGAGAAACUAGAACUACUUUGUAGGUGGGUAGACUCUUUUUCCCCCUUUGUGAAUAAGCUUCACAGGAAAUGAAUAGUGGGGAUAUCUUUUCAUGGUGGUUGGAAGACCAGUAUAUCAGCUGAACUGUUAAGCAGUCCACUCUUCAAGGUUUUCUAAAGUACACACAGCAUUAGUAUAAGUGAACCUGAUAGUUUACACUUUUAAAUUGAAUCUACAAUUAUUAUUUUUGCCUAUCACAUAAAGUGAAUUUUCACCUGAGUCAGUAUUAAGUGGUCUCAGAUAACUGACGUAAAUAGAGCAGAUAGUUUACGUGCUGUUCUUUAGAGGUUUUGACAUCAUUACUUCUACUUACUAGGAAGCUUUAGCCAUCUGCCAACUGAGCUUGAUACAGCUAGUAGGAAGAUGUAGUACAGCUUUGCAUAUGAGUAAUCAUCUAAUUUUCUGUUUAACAGGCUUAGGAUGCUAAUCACUGUUACCUGACUUCAGUAGAAAAGAAUCUGAGAAGACAGAGGAAUGGCUGGUUGCGAUUUCAUGAUUUAAGUUUUUUCUUUGCACAAGUUGCAGGCUAGCUGGCAGAGCUGUUGCUAUGGAAACAAACAGUCAGCUCCUGAGAGUGCCAAUGGAAUGCUAAUCUGGUAUAAAUGAGGAGUUCCAGCUGCUGCCCAAAGGUGGGAGACAUGAGAGAGGAAAUGAAGGGAAUUAAACCAUGUUCCAUUAUUUCAGUAUAUAUCUACUCAAUAUUGAUUGGCAUCUUUUUCAGGAUCUAUCUACUCAAUGUUGGCAUUUUUUUAUAUGAGCUUUAAAGACUGCAGUAGCUGGAAAUAAAAUGCUUCCAUUAUAGAUACAAAAAUUAAAGUCUUCCAUUAGUGUGGUCAUUUCCCACCAUCUACAUAUUUUAGAUGUUUACUAGAAAUUAUGAACUGACUUUGAACUCAAUGUUGUUCUUAGCUAGUGCAAUAAUCAGGCUAUGAAGAUUGGUGCACUGGUGUGAUUAAUCAACAUUCUUCAGUCACAGAUUUAAGUCCUGCUAAAUUGGUGAGACUGACAACAAGCAAGGAGUUGAUUUGGGACUCUUAGUGUUGUUCUCCAACUCUUUCCAACAAAUUCUAAAUCUGAUUAAAAAUAAUGCUCUCUUUCGUUUUACAGAAACUGUAUUGUGGUAUUACUUGUUUAAUUAAAUUAAAUUAAUUGCACAUCUAUAAGGACCUUUGAACUUGUUUGUAUUUGAAGACAUCUUGCUCUGCUGUACAGUUGAAAUCAAUAUGCUCAGAUUCGAUGUGUAAGAAAAUCUUUAAAACAAUUCUGAGUAGUACUUAUUAUAUUUAUAUACCAACCUUCAUGGAGACCACAGGGUGACAUAAUAAUAAUAAUUUUUUUAUUUAUACCCUGACCUCCCUGGCCAGAGCUCAGGGCAGCUAACACCAGUAAAAUUACAAUAAAAACAUAAUGGGGGUGGGGAGAAACCAAUUUAUUAAAAUAUGGGUUAAAAUACAAUUUAAAAUGCAGCCUCAUUUUAAUAGUAGCCCCUAGAUAAAAAAAAACCAUAAGGGGAGGGAAACAUAAGGGUCAGACUGAGUCCAAACCAAAGGCCAGGCAGAACAGCUAUGUCUUGCAGGCCCUGCAGAAAGAUGUCAAGUCCCGCAGGGCCCUAGUCUCUUGUGACAGAGCGUUCCACCAGAUCGGGGCCAGUACUGAAAAGGCCCUGGCCCUUACAACAUGAAACACCUUGGUCUUGACUUGGUAAUAGACUGGAUGAGAGCCAACAAACAAGCUCAAUCCAGAUACGAAUGAGGCUCAGUUAGUGGGCAGUUCUCUAAACAGGAUGGAUGGAAGGUUCCCUGCUCUUGAUGGGGUUUCGCUCCCUCUGCAGCAGUGGGUAUGUAGCUUGGGGAUACUCCUGCAUCCUUUGCUGUCACUUGAAUCUCAGGUGGCCUCAGUGGUGCAGAGUGCCUUCCCUCAGCUUCGGCUGGUGGCCUAGCUGUGCCUCUAUCUGGAAAGGGAUAGCCUAAUUUCCGUCGUCUGUGCUCUGGUUGGUUUAGAAACUUCAGCUGCUGCAGAAUUUGGUGGCCAGGCUGCUCACCGGUGCAAGAGGCUUUCAGCAUAUUACACCAAUCCUGGCCCAACUAUACUGACUGCUAAUUAGUUUCCAGGCCCAGUGCAAAGUGCUGGUUUUGACCUAUAAAGCCUUAAACAGCUCAGGUCUGCAAUACCUCAAGGACCACCUCUCCCCAAAUGAAGCAACCCAGACCCUGCAAUCAUCAUCAGAGGCUCUUCAUGUCCCUCCUCCACUAGAGAUCCAGAGGGUGGUAACAUGAGAACAUGGCUCCCUGGUUGUGGAAUGCUUGCCUUAGGGAGGCUUGCCUAGCGCCUUCAUUACAUAUCUUUAGGUGCCAGGCAAAACCUUUCUCUAUAACCAGGCCUUUUGCAUGAUGAAAAUUCUGUGGCCUUUUAGAUGUGUUUGUGAAAAUAGGGAGUUUGGUUUGAUUACCUUAGAUUAGAUUAGAUUAGAUUAGAUUAUUUCUGUUCUUUUGUAUUUUUAUGUCAUGAACUGCCCUGUGAAUUUUGGAUGAAGGAUGGGGUGUGUGUGUGUGAGAGAGAGAGAGAGAGAGAGAGUGUGUGAGAGUGUGUGUAAUCCUGGGCUAUUAGCUGUGCUGAUGAUUACUGGAGACCAACAUUGUCUGGAAAGUCACAGGUUGUCUAACUGGCAUAACAUAAAUGGAGUUUUUAUAACUUUUAAAUUGAUCCUAAUAAUUUAAAUUUAAUUUAAAUUUAUCCUCCAAUGUUUUUCAUUUUUUAUUCUAAUGAACCAAUGUGAUUGUAAACAUUUAUAAAUAGACCAUUUUACUUGAAAUCUUUUCUGGCUUUUUUCAUAGCAAAAUCAUGAAAUAUCUCCCAGUUUCUCUUGUACAUUCAUACUCUAUAGACAAAAUAGCUUGGUGACUUACUUCUGCUUGCUUACCCUUUAUGAGCUAGACAUUUACUUACACAUAUUUGAGCUUGUAAAACCUAGUAGCUGGAAUGACUUCUACUGUUCCUGAGGCCAGUGUCCCUGACUGUUAGUGUGUUUUUCUCACCCACCAACUUUCUCUCGCCUGUCAAUCCACAAGGAAUCUUGCUUAAAGAAUGCACUUGCAAAUUAAUAUAGUCCUGGUUAUUUAUGAUUCUUCAGAUUUUGUAGUAUUACACUUUUAAUUUAAUCAUUCAGCUUGUAGUAUAAAGUUAAACAUAGCAUGUUUUCUUUAUUGCUAAUUACUAAGACCAAGGCCAAUGUACUCCUCCAGAUUCUAUCAUUCAUUUUAAGUAGAUGGGAGUACAGGGAAUUAAACAGUGUAAACAGAAACUUGUUUUACUAAGUUUGAAACUUUGUCAUGGUCAGUCUUUCCUUAACAGCCAUCAUGUGCUAAUUAAAUGAUGAUCACUCAGACCAUUCAGCAAUAAAGUUUUAAAAAACGUACACCUCCUAUAUGUCACAUAAUUUGAAGUCUGUGUCCUUUAUGUUUUUUGCAUAAACCACAAUAUUCAAAAUGAGAUAUGCCAACUGUGGAUUGUGAACGAAAGUGGGAAGGAAUCCUCCCAGUUUGAAGCCAGUGCAGAAUAAUCAUUUUCUAAACUAUAAGCUUUGAAGAUGGGCAUAAUGAAACCAAAAACAUUUUUAGUCGUUGUUGUUUUAACUGAACUGUUAUUCUUCUGAGUAACAAAGGCAAAUGAGAGAGGUCAGAAACUGAUAAUGGUGGUCUACAAAAGUACCGGUUUGCAACAGAGGCACAGUUAACCUGAAGCUAGGUAACAUAAUAAUCUAAAGGACUAGCCACGAACAACAGAAUAGGACAGGGUGGCAGAUCCACAACUGCAUCUAAAGUCCUACCCCUUCUACCAGCCUUGGUAAAAGGUGUGGAGGAGAGGGCAGUUGUUCCUGACAUUUUUUGCUGCAUUAGCUCCAUUAGUCAUUGCCACCAGUGGGAACAUUACUGGUGGUAGCAUGCACUUUUCCAAACUUUCAUUGGACAUGGCAGGGUUCCUUUAUUGUGAUGGAGUUAGUAGCUCCCACCAGCAGGCAGAUCAGGGGUUAGGAUUGCUGUCUUAGUUGAGGGAAGACUGUGAGCCUUGAAAAUUCAUAGGAGGGAAAUAAGGAAGCUGUCAGUGAUUCCUAAAGCAAGGACUUUUACUGAUGGGAAAAUCUAUGUGAUAAAAUUAGAGUAACAAACUUCCUGUAAAUUAAAUUUUCAGAAGCUCCACAUGCGGUCGGAAUGCCUCAAAAUCAAAUCCUUCUGGACAGCAGUCCUACAAGAAAUAUGCAAAAUAACUAAACAGGUAUUAGAACACACCCCAGAACUGGCCGUAGUGAACAUCUUCCAAGAUAAUAAUGCCCACUCACAUUAUAAAGAGCUCAUAUAACCCACCUUCUCUCAGCAGCCAGAAACAUCAUAGCCAGACACUGAGGAGACCUGUCAGGAGUAAGCAUAGACCAAUGGUAUCAAAUAGUAUGGGGGGAAAGCCUUCUUAGAAAAACUAACCAAUAAACUGAAACUGACACAGGGACAAAUAGGAGAAGACGCCUUCACCCUGGUAUGGUUCCCCUUUAUCAUAUACAUAACCCAACAAAACAAGAAUCCGCUGACAGCAUACAAACCAUUUUGGCUAACCUGAUCCAAAAACACAUACACACACACACACACACACACACACACACACCCCACUCACAAACAAAAACAAAUCUUACUACAGCCAACCAAAGACAACCUACCACACCUUAGGCCCCACCCCCAACCUCUCACCGCCAAAGAAAUAAACAAGCAAAUAGUAAGAGAACCCAUACAAGUGAUGCUGACACAAAACCCCACACAAACACCAAGUAGAAGAAUAGAAGAAUUGCCACCCGACCUCACCCCACUCACCAUUCCCUCCUCCACCCUCUUUUCUUCCUAUCCUCAUACUCUAUGCAACACUCGCGUCUCACAACAAAUGAAACUGAUCUGAAAUAAAAUACAACUUGAAAAAGGACAAUGCACAUAUUUUGGCAAAUAAAUCUUUAAUAAUUAUUUUUUUAAAUGAACAACUAAUUACUAAAUCAUAUUAUGUUGUCCUUAUCCAAGUACUGAUUCACCUGUGUACAUAGCACAUACAGCCUUGGGAACUUUUAGGUUACCUGCUGGUUUUGAGGGUCCUUCCUUUCCUCUGCCAGUGUAGUUAUCUGCAUUUGUACAUGUAGCAGUGUACAAAUUCCCCCACAAUAUGAGCAAUUGGCUUUUUACCUUAGAGGGAGAAUGUGGAAAUCUCGGUACCCAAGUAUUUCUGCUAAAUUUACUGAUAGCAAUUGAAUGUAACUGUAACGUUAGGUGAAGUUAAUUUUACUGUGUUGUUUUUAUAUUUUCUCAGAUUUUCUUGUUGGAAAUUUAUUUUCAUCUUGAUCUGGUGACGCAUAUGAAGAAUUGGUUCAUGCUAUAA